UUGAAUGACAUAUCUGCUGUCUACCUUCAAUGUCUUCUUCACUGCCAAAAUAAGUGCAAGAAAAAUUCAUUCAAAUUUUUUUUCUACAAAUAAAGUCCAUCCCAUUUGCAGGCGACUCAUCAAAUCUCAACGAUUGACACGAAAAUGACGGGUGACCAAUACAAAUUACAAUGGAAUCAACAUCAUCCAAAUUUAUUAACGGUAUUUUCAUCGCUAUUGCAUUCGAACCAGAUGGUAGAUGUAACAAUCGUAAUGGAAAAUCGGGAAAUUCAUGCUCAUAAAAUUGUUUUGUCUGCAUGCAGCCCAUUCUUUCAAAACAUUUUUCUACGAAACUCGUGCAAACAUCCGGUUAUUAUAUUGACAGGGAUCAAAUAUAGUUUCAUGAAAAGUCUCAUCGAAUUCAUAUAUAAUGGCGAAGUGAACAUUUAUCAAGAUGAUUUGGUCGAGCUUUUGCGUAUCGCUAAUAUAUUAAAGAUUAAAGGUUUGGAUGAGAUAAAAUCGGUUAUUGAGUCAACGAUAACUACCGAAGAAAAAAAUUUAUCCUCAUCGACUGUCCAAAGUGAGGAUGAAAAACUUAAUUUUCCGAGUACAAGCGAUCAAACAAAAUCGACUAAAAAACGGAAGAGCGUUACUUUUGCCGACGCAACCGAUGUUGUUUGCGAUCGAUUUAAUUCAAAUUUUGAUGAUUCUCCGAGUGAUGACAAAGGAAAUGGAAAACGAAAACAAAAAUCAUUGUCAAAUGUUUGUACAAUAACGGAAAUAAAAACGGAAUGUGACCAAGAGGAACAUAACAAUGAUGAUAGAGCUGAGAAUAAAUUAAUUGUUAAGAUUAAUCCGAAUAACUUGUGUACAACGACGUCAAGAGCUUUUGAAGAAAAUCAAUUGAACGAAACACCUCCAACGAACCAACGGAUUAGCUAUAGCCGAAAAAUGAUAAGAAAAAAUGCGAACUUCUUACAUGCUCUUGAAGCAGUUCGUGACAAAGGUAUGGGCUUUUGUAAGGCAGCUAAAAUAUAUGGCGUUAAUAAUCGUACGCUUUGGCUUGAAUAUCAAAAGCUUGGCUAUCCCAUGAAAAAUUCACGAAAAAAAUCAGAAUCGUAAAUAUUCGAUUCAAUCGUAACCAUAUAUUUUUAUCACAAAACUAAAUGAUUAAGUCAUCGGUUGCUUGCUAUGUGCAUUGUGCAUAUAAUAUAUGUCGAUUUAAUAAUCAUUUAUUAUUUAUAAAUUAAAAUUCUUUGUCUUAGAAAUUAUGCAAAUAUGUAGUCUACCAUG